AUGUUUAUCCCGAUUAUCGAUCCCCGAAGCAAGGACAAUUCAAAUGUUUUUCCUCUUGAUGGAGUUGACCUAGAGACCGUUUCAAAUGCCGACCUCAUAGGGCUUUUAGAUACUGCUCCUAUUCUAUACCAAGUUGGCGGAACCAAAGUCGUCCGGAUCUCACACAAUUUGAUUCUGAAAUCUGGUGGCAGGGUUCUCCCUCGCGAGACCCGAACGCUUCAAUUGAUUGCAAAAAGAACUUCACUUCGUGUUCCACGAGUAUAUCGCACAUUUCAAGUGAAAGAACAAGGUCGGCAGUUUGGUACUAGGGGGCAUAUUAUAAUGGACUACAUUGAUGGCAAGAAUCUUGGAGAUUGCUGGAAGCAGCUCACCGGGCGGCAGAAAGAUGAUAUAGUAUGCCAGGCAGUUGGUCAACUUUUCUCGGAUUUUGGUGCGGGGCCCUUUGACUCGAAUUCAGACAUGGAAGCCUGGUUUAAUCGCAAACUUGCAUUCUGUCAACGGAUCAACAAGGCCCCUCCAGAAAUCCCUCCAUUUGAGUUCUCUAAAUUUGUCAUGACACAUCAAGAUAUUAGCCCUCGAAAUAUUAUCCUAGAUGCCUCGGAGAAAAUCUGGUUGGUUGAUUGGGCAGAUUCUGGCGCAUUUCCUCCUGCAUUUGAACGAGGUGCUUUGGCUGUAGUUAGUUUGAAAUCAGCAACCAUCACAGUGGGCGUCAAUGGUGAUCUAAGCUCCCGGCCCCGCAUCGGCCCGCCCCCGCAGUUCGCAGCCAAUGAAGAAUCACACUCGGGAGAUUGUCUAACAACAGAACAGCUGAAGUACAGAGUACAGACAAGAGGCUCAAGCCCAAGUUCUAGCGAGAAACACUGA